AUGCCGGCAACAUCAAGCAAGGGGCUGAUGUACGUGGAGGCACGCAUCAACGGUACCCCAGCAAAGGUGAUGGUGGACACGGGAGCGACCCACAACUUUAUCACCGAGGAAGAGGCCAAGAGGGUUGGCCUACGGUGGACCAGACGAGACGGUUGGCUCAAGGCCGCAAACGCUAAGGCACAACCGCUCAACGGUGUAGCACGAGACGCGGAGCUGCACUUAGGCACUUGGAAGGGCCAAGUGGAUUUCUCGGUAGCACCAAUGGAUGACUUCAAGGUGGUGCUAGGCAUGGAUUUCUUCCGCAAGGUAAUGGCUAUCUCGAUGCCUUGUUUUAAUUCAGUUUGUAUCUUAGAGAAGGGGACACCUUGCAUGGUGCCGGCCAUCAACGGCACCACUAAGGAAGGAAGCACUCAACCAAGGCAACUGUCGGCCAUGCAAGUUGCCAAUGGAGUUCGACGGGGCGAGCCGACAUUCUUAGCCGCUUUAAAGGAGGAAAGCCCGCCCGUCAACAAAGAGGAGGACGUGCCACCGAUCAUCCAAACCAUCUUGGAGGCCAACCAAUACGUGAUGCCACCGAAUUUACCCAGCAAGCUUCCACCUAGGAGGGAGGUGGAUCAUGCCAUCGAGUUGGAGCCGGGAGCCAAGCCACCCGCCAAGACUCCCUAUCACAAAUCACCGCCGGAGCUUGAGGAGCUCCGAAAGCAACUUAACGAGUUGGUCGAGACGGGGAAGACCCGACCAUCGAAGGCAAGCGUUGUGGCCGACGCAUUGAGUAGAAAACCCGAACUCGCAACCAUUAGCUCGACAAGGGGGAACUUGGCCGACAUGAUCCGAGAAGGGCUCGAACAUGAUCCCAUGGCCAAGGAGCUAAUCCGACUCGUCAAUGAGGGCAAGACGAGGCAAUUUUGGGUAGAGGACGGCCUACUCUACACAAAGGGGCAGCGACUCUUCGUUCCGAAGUGGGGCAGCUUGAGGAAGGAACUCAUAAAGGAAUGCCACGACACCAAGUGGGCGGGGCAUCCGGGCCAAAUGAGGACAAUGGCGUUGCUCGAGACGGCCUACUUUUGGCCUCACAUGCGGGACGGUGUCGAUGCAUGUGUGAAGACUUGUCUUGUUUGCCAACAAGACAAGGUGGAGAAUAAACAACCGGCAGGGUUACUGGAGCCUCAUCAAAUGGAUUACCCAACGACUCUCAAAGGACAAAUCGUAGUCUCCUACAUCAGCGGUAUGCAACAGUACGCGACGACCAUAUGCGGCGGUUCGGAAUUCUUCCAUGUGUUUACGUGUUGGAUUAAUGCGAAGAGCAGCGAAGCAUUUAGUACGUUCGGAUUCGAUAUACACCACAGAUAUUCCGACACUGUCAAGCAAUUCUUGAAUCUGGAUGGGUUGCCGGAGGAGGGUACGGUUGACUACUACACUGCCAUGGCCCACCGUGAUCAUCUCUUCAAGGGCCGUCGCCUUGCCGACUCCACCACCCCACCCCUCACUUUCUAUAGUUCAUCUGGCAACCAGACUUACAAACUCAGAUCUCUUAACAACUUGUACUAUUCAGUUGUUAGAGUGGGUACCCCUUCUGUGGAAUAUCUUGUGGCACUCGACACAGGCAGUGACCUAUUCUGGUUACCAUGUGACUGCACUUCCUGUACACGUAGCUUCAACAUUUCCGAGGGAAGCACAACGGAGCUAAACAUAUACAGUCCUGGUAAUUCGACAACUAGCAAGCCACUUCCGUGCAACAGCCCUUUGUGUGGACCCACAAGAGGAUGCUCUACCAGUCCUAAUGCUUGUUCUUACCAAAUAAAAUACGGCAACACCACAAGUACCGGUUAUUUGGUCGAUGAUGUUUUGUAUUUGGGCACAGAUGUCGUUUCAGCAGCCAGUGUCAAUGUCCCGAUUACAUUCGGAUGUGGGAAAAUUCUAACCGGAAGUUUCUUGAACCGUUAUGGUAUUAAUGGUGUAUUCGGACUUGGUAUGGACAGUAUAUCUGUGCCUAGCAUUUUAGCUAGCAAAAAUGUUACAGCAAAUUCUUUCUCCAUGUGCUUUGGCGAUGAUGGAUAUGGAAGAAUUGAAUUUGGAGAUAAAGGGAGUCCGGGUCAACAAACAACUCCCUUUACUCUUCAACAAACAGACUCGACUUAUGAUGUAGUUGUGACAGAAAUUGCUGUGAGUACAAAUGUUACCAAUCAUGAGUUCAUCGCAUCUUUGGACUCUUCCCUCCCAUAUGCAUACUUCAGCGAUCCAGAUUUCUCGUUUAUUGUAAACAAUGAUGUUCCAUGUGUUCAAAAAAGAAGUGCUGAGAUUUCUAUUCAUAUGCAGGAUGGUGGUUUUGGGUAUUGUUUGGCUAUCGUACAAAUCGAGGAUUUUAACAUCAUCGGAAAUAUUUUUAUGACUGGGUACCGCCUAGUCUUCGACCGUGAGGAGAUGGUUUUGGGUUGGAGAAAAUCUAACUGCUAUGAUGCCCUCUUGUCCAAAACUAUACCCCCAAACACUACUCGUUCACCUCCACCACAAAAACUAGUACCGCCACCACCACCACAAAAACUAAUUCCACCACCAUCACCACCACCACCACCACCACCACGGGCAAGCGAUGUUGGCCGAUUGAGUUCGAUGGCUAACGGACUUGUGAUGGUGAUGCUUGCCGUUUUCGCACACAACUUCAUCCUUCUUUAAUCAUGAGAUUCUUGGUGACCUACUACUUGCCUUAUUUGAGUGAUAUGUUUGUUUGAACUUUGGGUACUAUUGUACAACCUUUGGAACACUUCUCUUACAUGGGAUGAUUUACAAAAUU